AUGAUUCCUUCGCAGCGGAAAGUAGUGUUCGCAAGUUCAGUUCAGUCCGGUUUUUUGCCCCCAAAAUGCGCAACCGUGGACCGCAACCAGUCUAGGACCAACCCAGAUAUUGAGGGAACCGAACCGAACCACCUAGGACCGGUCUUUUGCAGUCUAUGGAGCCAGUUCAGACCGAUCCAGACCGGUUUUUUUUGCGUAUAA